AUGAGGAUCAUAGACAACCGCCCUGCAAAGGCGGAUGCUCCGGCGGUGAGGAGCCGUGCGUUUCAGUUGACCACCGAGGAGGCUCGGGCAGAGCUAGACGUCGUGGCUAGGACCUUUUUGGUCAAUGGUAUGUCUGCUCACGUAUUAUUCGAUUCUGGGGCUACCCGAUCAUUUGUAUCUCUUGCACGUAGCAAGAAGUUUCGGGAUGUGCCAGGGAAUUUGGAUUCCCCUCUUGAGGUUGAGAUUGCGGAUGAUCUCACCGUGAGCGCAGCGAGGGUGUAUCGGGACUAUGUCCUGAUUGUGCUUGGGGAGAGGUUUCGUGUUGAUCUAGUUCUGAUACCGUUGUGGGGACUAAAGGUUAAGUAG